AUGCGCUCCCACGUGAGAGGAAUCAUUUGUUGUUUGCCCAUCAUCGUGGCGUUGCUUACAUUCGUUGCCGUUUGCCGUGGCACACCCGUUCAGAAGUCGGCACCCGGCAUCGAGAUACUUCCGGCUGCAUUUUCCAACGGAAAUGGACCAAGCUAUGUAGUAGUGGGUGAUAACGAAAAUCAACCUGCUGCAGACGCUGCCGUACCGCUACAGUUUCAAUCGCGAAUAGACAUUCCAGUUGCGACAACAACGCAGCAACCCUCAACAACACCGAUCGUUUAUCAACCAGCGCCACAGCCAGCUCCGGUCCAGUAUCAGCAACCUCAGCCGCAACCGGUCCAGUAUCAGCAACCGCAGCAGGUACAGUAUGAACAGCCGGUACCACAGCAGGUCCAGUAUCAACAGCCAGUCCAACAGUACCAACAGCCAGUCCAGCAGUACCAACAGCCAGUCCAGCAGUACCAACAACCGGAGUACCAGCAACCAGCUUCAAUGUACUACCAGCAGCAACCCGUACAAUACGCACAACCGCCAGCAGCGUACUCACCGUACAACGAGCAGCAGUACAAUCGUCGGCCACGACCGGAAACAUCUUCGUCAUCCUCAGGCUUCUUGGAUACGAUUGCCCGAGCGUUCGGUUUAAACGCGGGAACCAACUCUAGAGCUCCGCGGCCUGCUACGACCUCCUCCUCGUCUGGGCUGGGGCUUUUGGGGACGGCACUUGGGCUAGGAUAGAGGACCCGCAAUUUCGCCACGUAUUGUCUAGUAAUUCCCAUCUCCCAAAUGCAACAUUUUUGAGGAAUUUAUAAAACUUAUUUACGGAAAUCAUUCAUUCAUUAUGAAAUCGAUUUUGUUUUAGCUCAUUGCAACGAAGUAAAAAUGGGGAUCGAGGGGAAAAGGCCUUCGGUUUUGUAAACUAUAAACAGAUCGUAAAACUAAAUGGUGUAAAUAGAG